AUGGGCGAAAUUGCAAACGAGACUAUCAGCAACAUGGCCCUGGAGAGAACGAUAUACAUCGGCCCCUUUGUCCACUGUGAAUCUUUGACUGAACUGGACGUCGCUGUAAAUGGCAUGAUCGGAGUCGACGAGGCUGGCAAGCUUGCGUUUGUCCUACGAGAUGCGAAAGGCAAACAGAUCCCCACACAGGAAGGGUGGGAAGAUGCUAAAGUUGUGCGGAUCAAUGCGAGGCAUGGAUUUUUCUUUCCGGGAUUCAUAGAUACGCAUAUCCACGCUUCACAGUACCCGAAUGCUGGCAUUUUUGGCAAGUCGACGCUUCUGGAUUGGUUGAAUACUUAUACAUUUCCCCUGGAGAGGUCGUUUGAGGAUUUGAAGCAGGCUACGAGGGUUUAUAAUCGGGUUAUUGCGAGGACGCUCAGUCAUGGGACGACGACGGCGUGCUAUUUUGCGACUAUUCAUGUGCCGGCGACCAAUCUUCUAGCGGACAUCUGCCAAUCUCGUGGGCAACGGGCGUUUGUUGGGAGAGUGUGUAUGGACACCCUGGGACCGGAUGACUAUCGCGAUGAGUCUGCUCAGCACAGUCUCGAUCGCACGAAGGAGUGUAUCGAACACAUUCGCCAGAUCGACCCAGAUUUCGAGCUCGUCACGCCCAUCAUAACACCACGAUUCGCUCCUUCUUGCUGUUCAGACAGUCUAGCACUUCUGGGAAAGCUCCAAGCACAGACGGGCCUCCCAGUCCAGACUCACUUCAGCGAGAACAAAGCCGAGAUUCAAUUCGUGAAAGCCAUGUUCCCCGACUCCAAACACUACUCAGACGUCUACGACACCGCCGGCCUCCUGACGUCGAAGACGAUCCUCGCGCACGCAGUCCACCUCACACCCGAAGAAAUCACCUUACUAAGGAACCGAAAGGCCAAGAUCAGCCACUGUCCCGCCAGCAACACCGCCCUAACAUCCGGAGCCGCACCCAUCCGGCACCUCCUCAACGAAGGCCUAGACAUAGGCCUCGGCACAGACAUCAGCGGCGGCUACACCACCAGCCUCCUCGCCGAAGCCCGCGAAGCCGUCAUGGUCUCCCGACACCGCGCCAUGAUCGACGGCGACGAGGCAAAACUCUCCGUCGAGGAAGCACUCUACCUUGCAACUCGCGGUGGUGCAAAGGUCGUUGGGCUGGAAGAUCGGAUAGGAGGCUUUGAGGUGGGCAUGGACUGGGAUGCGCAGAUGGUGACGUUCGCGGACGUGGGAGAUGAGAUUGGGCUGGAUUUGAGGGAUGGGCCUGUGGAUAUAUUUGGUUCUCUGGGGUAUAGUGAGAAGAUGGAGAAGUGGGUGUUUACGGGUGAUGAUAGGAAUACGCUGGCGGUGUGGGUGAAGGGAAGGUUGGUGCAUGCUAGGGAGGUGAUUCAGGCUUGA